AUGCCUCGACCCCCGGCAAAGCGUGGUCGCCCACCGCACCAAAACGCGCUCUCCUCGACAGCCGGCGUAACGAAAAAGAAGGAUAUUGCGCAAACCGCGAAGACUACCACCAGCACAGCUUCAAGAAAUACAAGAGAGAAAGAAGGACAGGAUGGGCCUUCUAUUGAUACUAUCAUCCCGGCUACUCCGUCACAAGUACGCCAUGCCGGGGUGGCACUUCGAGGCUCUACGAAAGUGAAGCGAAACCAGGCGACACCGCUUACAAGAUGCAUGCCCAGUAGCGAGGUAACGCCGUUGCAAACAGGAAGGGCCGCCCACCGGGGCCGCUUUUCUGCCGGCCCAAAGGCAAUCGAUACAGGUUCCUUAAUUCAAAAAUUAGGAACACCCGGCUUCGAAAGUUCAAUGCUGAGUGCCUUCAGACCCCGACCGAGACAGGGAAGCAUUCUACAAUUAAUGGCGGACGAUGGAUCGUCGGAUUUCGACAACGAUGAGGAUUUUUUGGGAAGCUUCGAACCAGAGGAUGAGUCUACACCUUUAAAUGCUGGGAAAAGACAGACGCUCAUGAGAGGUGAUCUGAGAACUGGAGAUAUUUUGGUUGAUGCUGUGGAUACUACAGAUGAGGGACGAAUACCUGAAUCUCCAACGAGAGCCCUGCCUAAUCGCGAAACGACGUUAUCUUCGCCUAGGAAUUCAGACAAAAGAAACUUAUUCGGUGUGCCGGUACUUGAAUCGCGCGAGGCGCUCGCGAGUGACCGGGUGUAUGGCAGCGAUAAUGACGGGAACACUGAGAAUGGGAUGUCCGAGGAUGAGGAUAACCUUCCACCUCCAAUGAGGCGACAUUCACCAAAGCUUUCCCUAGAAGCCUGGAGCCAGACUCUUGCUCCCCCGAAAAGCAGCAGCCCAAUCGCUUCUCCUGCCAUUUCUCCUGUUAAAUUGGUUCAACCCGCAAAGGUACGUAAAACAAAGAAAACGGACGCUGAACAGCGGCUUCACGUCUCUACUGCUACUCUUCAAACGGAUCUUAUGCCACAAAGGCGUCGAGGAAGAAGGUUGAAUGGCAGAGGUGAAUUUGAUGUGUUUGAUGAGGAUGCGAGCCGGAGUCCCUCUCCUGAAAUGCGACCAGACGAGGACGAGUUGAGUUACCUACCUGCCCGUAUAGGACGAAAUACCUCGAAAAAGAAGCUCAAGGAGAAUAAAACCGCCGUGAACACAAACAGGAAGGGAACCCAAAAACGGGCUGGCAAUGCCAGAAGCGCGAAGGUAGCUUCGAAAGCACAUUCGGGAGAUCGAUCAGGCAAAGCCCGUGUUACAUAUUCUCGGCGAAAUGUCACAGACGAAGAGAAUGAUGAGGUUGAAGUAACAGAUGCUGGAGGUUUUGGCGACGCCUCGACUGUGGACGACAAAGAGCCUUUUGUCAGUGAAGAGUUGCGGCUCCAGGCCAAAAAAUUUGCCGAAGUGGAUCAAUGGUCUAUUGAUUUUGAAGACGUAGUCGUUGAGCAGAGCAGCUCUUAUAGGUAG